AUGGCAUCUCUCAGCUACAUCUUGGUUCUUUGUGUGGGUCUCCUUGCCAUGGUCAACGCAGAAGCAUCACAGGAACAUGACCCAUUCACUUAUGACUACCAAUCCCUGCGGAUCGGAGGCCUUAUAAUCGCCGGGAUUCUCUUCAUCCUGGGCAUACUCAUCGUCUUGAGCAGAAGAUGCCGGUGCAAAUUCAACCAGCAACAGAGGACUGGGGAACCUGAUGAAGAGGAGGGAACUUUCCGCAGUUCAAUCCGCCGUCUGUCCACCCGCCGGCGGUAG